AUGGGGGACGGCGUCUUCGCCUUGGCGGGGCCCUGGCCACCGCUGCCCCCCCCCAGGGCACCCAUGGGUGCUGCCACCCACCCUGUCCCAGCGUGGCGGCGGCGAGUCCGGGGUGGGUCGUGGGGACGGUGGGUGUUGGGGACGCUGGUGGCCCUGGCACUGGUGGCGGUGGCAGUGCAGGGCUGGGUGCUGGCAGGGGUCCGGGGGGAGCUGCAGAGGGUGACGGCGCAGCUGCAGGCCAGCGGGGACCAGCCGCUGUCGGAGAAGGUGCUGCAAGCCAGCGCCGACGUCUCAUCCCAACCCAACGGGUCCCUUCGGUGGGAACCCGGCAAAUCGUGGGCCUUCAUCCGGGGUCUGGACUACCGCGGCGGUUCCCUCGUUUGCCACCAGCCCGGGCUUUACUUCGUCUACGCCAAGGUGCAACUGGGUGCUCCUGGGUGCCCGGCACGCGCCGCCACCCUCCACGGCAUCCACAAACGAACGCCCCGCUAUCCCGGCAUCCUCGACCUCCUGGUGAAUAAGGUCGUUUAUUGUCCCCAAGCCCACGGGGUACCCUGGGCCCGGCACAGUUUUUUGGGGGGACUCGUGCGCCUCGAAACGGGGGACGAGGUCUUCACCCGGGUGCAGGCGCCCGAGUUGGUGCGGGCGGUGGACGGCACCCGUUCCUAUUUUGGGAUGUUUAUGGUGUGA